CAGAAAAUUGGUGCCCACAUGUUCGCCUUUCGUACAGAGCAUAUGAAGUUGUGAGCCUGCCCUUGACCCGUCGCUCCUAGACUUGAAGACUCGAGAAGUCGAGAGAAAAGACGUGUCAACGUCACUACGUCAGCGUCCUCUGCCUCCGCCAUCCAUGGCCGACAACCGCAACCUCCCGCCGACCUGGGCCACCACGGCCGGCUUCGGCUUCCUGACCCUCAACUCCGGGGUCGCCAUCUACCGCGCGUGGGGCGACUUCGCGUCCAUCCUGCUGGUAACAGGCUCGUACUCCGCUCUGCUACUCCUCUUCCGCUGCCUCCGUGACUACGAGCGCGCGGCGCCCGGGUCCCCGGCCAGGGCGCGGGCGAGACGCGCUGUGUGGCCGCUCACCUCGCUGCUCACCGUGGCCUUCGCCUGGAAGGUUGCGGCGGCCAUGCCGUCGGCCGCCGCCGCGGCCGUCGUCUGGGCGCUCGCCGUCGCCACCACCGCCGGUGGCUUCUUCGCCCUCUUCGUUCCCGGUUGAAUCGAAGCCAUGGACCGCUCAGAUGCCCCGAUUCGUGUACGGACUGCCAAGGAGACUGCAGCAGGACCCUGUAUUUUUGUACUAAUCAUUAUAUGUAUAUAUUGUAGUAUAUUGUAUAGUACUAGUGUAUGGUGCGUGCCUAUGCGCGCGUAGCGAUCUGCUUAGUAGCAUAGUAUAAUGUAUGAUUAUUGUAUAUAUGUUUGAGUAAAUAAGCACGUAAGAGCAAAGCAAAGGAAUCCAAGUUCCGGUGUUUGUUGUAAGAUAAACGAGCGUAUUAUAAGUUGUAACAAUAUUAUAUUGUUUCAAGCAAGUUGUACAUAUAUAUACACAUUUCAUAAUAUAAGUGAUAAUUCAGUAAACUUUUAUAGUUUUGAACA